AUAAAAAGCGGCGUAUGAUCUGCAAAUUGAAUUUGUAAUUGGAAAAUUGAAGAUUGAAUGAAAUCGAAUAUCCACCAUUUAAUUCUUUUGAAAACAAAAUUCCCAUCUUUUUCCGUUUUCCUCUCUCUUCUUAACCAGGAAAUUAACACGCCACUCAACAACACUUACUUCUUCUUCCUUUGAUUGUCGCUUUCUCUCUCCUCUCGCUCAUUCUGGUUGCUCUUUUGAUUACGAUUCUUAUGAUGAUUUUCCCAAUUGCCCAUGGGAAAUUUUUGAUCUGGUGUUAAGGACGUUUUCGCCUCAAGGUUAGCUUAUCCCUUUUUGUAGUGAUGAGCUUCAAGUUUCCUGAUCAAAUUCCUAGGAAGAAUAGCGAGAUGGAGCAAACAUUGAAGCCGCCACUAAUAGUUACAGAGUCGCCUAAGAAUUGGCCAUCCAUUGAUUUCAACUUCUUUGGAUGGUCUCUUCUUUCGAUCAUCCCUUGGGCUGUCAAUCUUAGAGAUAGAUUGCCUAUGCCAACUACUAUUAAUAAAGGGUUGAAAAGACGAGCAAGAUCUAGAGCUGGUGAUGUGUCAUUAUCUUCUCAGUCCCCUCAAUUACGGUUUAGGCCUUAUGUAUCUAAGGUUCCUUGGCAUACUGGACCUCGGGCUUUCUUGUCUCAGUUCUUUCCAAGAUAUGGUCACUACUGUGGGCCAAAUUGGUCCAGUGGGAAGGAUGGAGGCUCCCAUGUUUGGGACAAGCGCCCUAUAGAUUGGUUGGAUUAUUGUUGCUAUUGUCAUGAUAUAGGCUAUGACACUCAUGACCAAGCAAAGCUGCUGGAAGCUGAUCUGGCUUUUCUGGAGUGCUUAGAGAAGACUCAAGUGCACACUAAGGGGAAUAAGCACGUUGCUCAUGUUUAUAGAACAAUGUGCACACAAGGUCUCAGGAACAUCCUCAUACCUUACAGAACAUAUCUCGUGAAGUUUGGAUCAGGACAAUCUCUGCUUCAAUUUGGAUGGCUGAGCAAUAUUAGGUGAAAAGGAUGGAGUUGGCGGGCAAAUGUGAAGAUGGAAUGAACAAUCAUACAUCAAAUUUCGUAGUUAAGUUUGUUUAUAAUUGUGGUGCUGUCCUUUACGUUCUGUACAUACUAAAGCAUUGCAAACUUUUGUUUUAAUCUGUUGAACUGUUUGAGAGGUCUCAGCCUAGUGUCACUAGAUAGAUUAUGGUAGUUAUCUGCAUCUGAAGGUGGAUGUUGCAUGUUUGUUGUAGGCUUGUAGCUAAUCGAGGAAAUGAUUUCCCGUACUGUAAAUACACUAUCAAUAUAUUCAUAUAUAUUACGAAGUAAAAUAGUUUCAAGUU